UCUUUUCGGGUAAGUUCCAUUUGGUGAUUGCGUCCGAGCAGGUUAUCAUUUUGUUUCUGUUUAGCAUUCAGCAAGAAAUAAGGAUAGAACGUUCGCGGCUGACGCGAUCGCCAAGUGGAACGUACUCCGUGUUGACACGUCAAAUUGUCAAUUUUACAAUACGGAAUCCAAUUCCAACCUCCGAAUCGAACAAUGACGCUUAACCAAACUUUAAUAAUAUUCACCGAACAAUGGCAUUGGGAAAUUGUCUGAUUAGACGUUUGGAGUCAGAAUUAAGAGAGCGAGAGAGGGAAAGAAAGACAAUUUUACAAUACGCAUACUUGCGCUCCGCUCCGGGUUUCCUCACGUCAUUAUGGCAUUUAAUCGUAAUUUCUAACACCAAGACAACGCAUUUAUCGCUACAACACGAACAGUUUCACUCUUACGUUCACUAUCUUUCCCUUCCGCACGAAAUACGGGCAUGUACACGAUUUGCGUGAAAUCACGCAAGAAAGUGAAGAGAAAAGGCGAGAGCACGUCGCGAGAAAUCUGCUCAGACUGUGCGAUGUGACUACUGUUUGACCGUUUGUGAACGAAAGAGGUUAACUCGCGAGCACAGAGGCCGAAGAUGCCGAGAUUCAGGAUGCUGCCCCGUACAUCGCAAAUCGUAGCGCUCUGCUCCGCCGCGAAUUUCAUCAACGCUGCAGACCGAGUCAUCAUGCCGAUCGCGAUCGUGCCAAUGACCGAUGAGUUUAAGUGGAACCUGUACUUGCAAGGCUGGAUACUCUCUGCCUUCGCUUUCGGAUACUUUACCAGUCAGAUUAUCGGUGCUAGUACAGCGAGUCGCUUUGGUUGCAAGACAGUACUCAUGCUAGCAGUUCUGUUAUGGUCAAUUAGUACAGUGGUCACUCCGUUGCUAGUACAGUCUUUGCCAUUGUUGAUAGUUUGCAGGGUAGUUUUAGGACUCUGUGAAGGAUUAGGCCUACCAGUGUUAUUUCACUUAUUUGCCCAUAAUGUUUCUAUGGAGGAAAGAUCACGUGCUUUUGGUUAUUUGAUAGCUGCCGGCUCUGUCGGCCGAGUGGUCGCAUCUGUUAUAUGCCCACGCUUGGCAUGGCAAAGUGGAUUUUACCUAUUUGAGACUACAGGUAUUUUGUGGACUUUGUUGUGGCUGAUACUGUAUCAGGAAACUAACUCUCAGGACGAAAUACCGUUAUUUGUUCCUAAGGUAACUCAAAAUAGAAACUUGCGAUGGACCGAAUUUAUUGUUCAUGGCCUCUGGGCUUUGUACAUAGCGCAUUUUGCAAUGAACUGGACUAAUUAUAUAAUAAUGCAAUGGCUGCCAACUUACUUGGCAAGAAAUCUGUCCGCGGAUAAGAGAAGCAUCAGCUUGACGGCUCUCCCUUACAUUGUUAACUCUCUUAUUGGUAUUGUUGCUGGUCAUAGUGCUGAUAGCUUGAUACAAAAGAGGUGGUCGGUAUUGUCCGUGAGAAGAUUAAUGACAAAUAUAGGCCUAGUAGGACCAGGUGCAUUCCUAUUGGCUUUCUGUGCCGUUGAUAAUCUCCUCGCGGCAGUCAUCUUCGUUUCGAUAUCCAUGGGCCUCUGUGCGUGCAAUUCUGCCGGGCAUCUCAGCAAUCACGCGGAUAUAGCUCCGAAUCAUGGGGGAGUUACAUUCGCAGUUUCAAAUACGAUUGCGAAAGUACCUGGAAUUCUAUGCGGCCCGCUGACGGCCGAGCUAGUGACUGCCUCGCACGGCUGAUGGAUGCCGGUGUUUGUGUUAGCGGCCGCAAUUAAUUUCACUGGGGCUAUAAUAUACCAAAACCACAGCUCGGCGCUUCCAGUAUUGUGAUAUGUUCUAUCCUUCGGGCAACGGUUGCGCAUCACCGAAGAGAAGGGAGCGUUUGAGUGUCCGUUGAAGACCAUGCAGAGAUGCAUAUUUGCAUUGAGUCUGUUAUGAGCGAUUUUCUAGUUUUAACUGUGAAUACCCGCGAAAGUUACACACCACAAACACUACACGCAUAUAUACAUAUACAUUCGUACACAUUUAUGCGGCGCGUUCGAUUCAUUACGCAUCGGCCAGUCGAUAACAUAUCAAGUUGCUGUAUUUAUAUUUUAAUUGAGUGAUCAUCAUUGAAUUAGUUGAAUGUGAUUUUCAGAAAUAGUGCCAUAGUCUCUAUUUAUAUAGCAUGGAUGUACAGGACGAGAUUGGCUUAAAGGAUUAACCGAGGACGUGUUUGCGAAAUUUAUUAUGCGCUUUAAUUUAUAUUAUAUG